UCCUCCACUAUUCCAUUAUUCGGAACAACAAACGGUUCCAAUUCCACAUAAAAAAAAAGUCUAUUUUUCUUAAUUGUUUUUUUCUGUGAAGAGAAAAUGUGUUACGGCCACCAACGUCAAUCUCUCUCACCGAACCGUCCGUCCCACAACAACAAUGCGUUGGUGGUGGAUACGCUUCGUGUCCGCCUAGCCGAGACGGAGGCUCGACUCGAGCAAGCCAGGGCUCGAGAGGCCGAACUCACUCGCAGGCUCGAAGAAAUGAAGCGUUUCGUUUCCGUCAUGGAAAUUCUCGAGUCUUACCUCAAACAAAGGUUUCACGAGCAACGAGAAUACGUGGAGCGCAUAUUCUCUUCGCUCCCUGCUAAAUAAAACAAGAGCUUUUCCUUCGCCAAAUUUUACAUAAUAUCUUUUUGUUAAUAUUUUCUUUUACAAUUUUUU